AUGGCCUGGCGCUGGACCCGGGCGGCGCUCUUGCCGGGGUCGCCGAGGAGGGUGCAGCAGGUUCGUGGACAUUUACACUCUGCCAGCCUGCAGAAGUUCUUCACAAACAAGACACACAAGAGGUACUGCGAAAAUUGCGGUAAGCCGAGUGCCCUUCUUCUGGAGCGCUGCUCUUACUGCGGAGAGGCUCUCAGCGACUCGCAGAUCGCCGCGAUGGCUCGGGAUCCGCUGCUGGAGGCUGUUUUGGAUGCCGGGAGUUCAGACUUCGAUGAGCUGUAUCGCUCCUUCGAGCUGUUGGUGCUGAAGCACCGCUAUCCUGUGGGCAGGGAACACCUCUUGGUGAUGCCAAAGGACACUUGCUACGACCUUCGACAGCUUCGGCGGCGCCAGGUGCCCUUCUUGAAGAAGAUGUAUCAGAAGGACUUGUUUCGUAAAAACGGUUGUCGGAAGUUCUGCUAUGAGUGCAGCAAGUACAAACAUGUUCCGUGA